AAGAACCUUGCCCUCCCUCCUACAAAUUGGAGCGAGACAUUUUUAUUGGCGUAGUCGGCAGGAUGCCCGCCGUGAGAGUGUUGUCCUUCCAAAAACUCCAAAAUUUUCUGUAUGUACCUCCUGGAGUAGCAAGGACCGAUAAUUUUGGUAACUUAGAUGUGAGCACCUCUCCAGGAAAACCGCUCCAUAUUCUGAAACUUUACUGCUUAUGUGUUUACCUCUCGGGGACGUAUGAAUUAAUUUUGACUAUUUGCUCUUGUUUUAUACGUGUGUGCCUCCUCGGGAAGACUAUUUCGCAUUUUGUGGUUUAAGUAACUUGUAACGUAUUUUGGAAUUUGAAAGUUUUGUGUGUGCGCCUCUUGGGGAAGUGAGGAAGUAAUUUUUUGACGUUUGUGCUUCUCCAAGAAGUUUAUUCCUUUCUGAGAAACCUAGAAGUGUUUUGUAACUUGUGUGGCUUUAAGCUUGAAGUUUUCUGGCCUGACAGGGUAGCCAGGAGCGAUUUAGGUGUUUACACUUUCUUUGUAAGUGUUGAUUGGGCUUCUUGGUCUUUUGUGAAAGGGAGGAAUGAUUGUAGCAUUUGCAUUUGUUUGAUAGGUGUGUGCUUCCCUGGGGAAGGGUAAGGAGUUAAGUGUACCUUUUCUUCCCUUAGUGUGUAUCUUUUAGGGUAUUGAGAAAUGAGUGAAAUUAUUGCCACUAUGAAAAGUGAAAAUGUGCUAUUUGACCUUUUAGAAAAGCAUGGUGCUCGGCCCUCUUUAUCAGGGGUGGAUUGGGCACGACAAAACUGGUAUAACUUGCAGAGUGUUUCCGACCGCAUUCGUGUUUUACAAUAUGAGGCUCAUACUCGAGCCGGGAAAGGAAAAUCGUUUAUUUGUGCGGUACUCGGUGCUGCUUUAAAAGCUGCCGUGGAGUUCCGAGAUGAAAAGCAUUCGGCAGAAACCCAAACCAUACAAGCAUUACAGGAAUCAGUUAAAGUAAUGCAAGAAUUGGUAAAAACUCUGCAAAAUCAAAUAGUGAACCUUGAGGAACAAUUACAAAGAGAGCAACAUAAUACAGUUUUGUUGCAAAUGGCUUUUAAGGAACUAUUAACAUAUAAGAAUACUAGCAAUACUGCUGUCCAUAAUUUGCCUCAAGAAAAAACUUUUCCUCAGAAGGAACUACAAGGAAUAAAGGAAGGGCUUGGCAAAUUAGAGGACUCGCCAGCCCAAUUGCGUCCUUUGAUAAAAACUGAAUAUACAUUUGAUAACAGUGAGGAUCUGGACCCUCAAAUGAAUGUUAAAGAAAUUCCCUUUUCUGCCACUGAAUUAGCAAAACUGAAAAAAGAUUUUAGCCGCUCUCCAAAGGAAUCGGAAACAGAAUAUGUAUGGAGAGUCAGCUUAACUGGUGGAGACCAAAUUAUGUUAACCGAAAAGGAGGCUGAGGGUUAUUGGGGGCCAGGUGUAUUUUUGACUACUGGUAAUAACCGUGCUCCCUGGUCCCUAACACAAAGGGCUGCCUAUUGGGCAGGUGGUCUUAACCCUUUAGAAAGGGGAGACCCUCUUGCUGUUAAUGGGACAGCUGAUCAAUUAGUGGAAAGUGUUCAAAAAGCUGCUUGUCUGCAAAUGAUGUAUAAUAGAAAGCUGCAGACACAUCAUGGAUCACCUAUGAUGAUGCCUGUUGAUCCUGAACGGAUGACUCCUUUAAUCAGGGGGCUUCCAGAAUCACUGAAACCUAUAGGUAUACAACUACAAGGAAAGAUACAAGCUAUGCCUCAGGGAGAAAGAACCCUGGCAGCAUUAGAAGGAACUGGCACCUCAGGCCAUUUGCAGUCAGGAUAUAAAGUAUGGACAUGGGGGGAGGUUGCCCAAGAGUUGAUUAAUUAUGAAAGGAAAUAUGGGCCUGUGGCUUCUUCCAGUAUAUCUGAACCAGAGGAAGUAAGGCUCGCAGCAACCACCCUUGCUCCUAGGUCACCUAGUCCAAAGCUCAGUGGAACUGGAAGGGUCUCACUGCCAGUAAGAACGGGUAGGCGAAAUAUUGAUCAUAAACGUAAUCGUCUCUGGACACUGGGCUGGCAAAAGGGUGUUCCACGAGACCUGAUGAAUGGAUUACCCACAGUCAGGUUAGAGAAAUUAGUUAAUUUGUGGCCAGAACAAAGCUCAAGAAAAGCUGAUGCAUUCGCCCCCCUCCAGCGCAAGGUAGGCAGGAGGCGGGGGAGGGCAGUGAAGGGUGGAUGUAUUAGAAAGCUUACAACAAAAGGAGAAGAUCCUCGAUUUAACACCUUCUGUCCCAAGGCCUCCCCACUCCUGCCAAUUGCCCCUGUGAGUCACGAUCCAGUUGCUGAUAAGCUAGGGAAACACUUAUCUCUCUGGCCAGCUUGUGUGGACUGACUCAGCUAACAUGAGGCGUUUCCCUAACCUUAAUGAAAUCCCUUAACAAAUAUCCUUAGAAGGCUAAGGACACCCCGAAAAAGGAAUGUAAAAUAUACUCCUCGAUGGAUUGUUCUCUCAUUUUUUAAUUGUAUUAACAAAGCCCCAAAAGGGCAAGUUGUUGUUUUAUUUUUCAGAAGAUCCCCGUGGGACCUUUACUGAACACAGAAUGACUGAUAGCUGACUUUAACCAUUUGUGUUUUGUGACAGAAAAGUUGAAGAUGUGAUCACGCUAGAAUUCUGAAUAUACCUCUUGAUUACAUAUUUUGGUUGCAAUAGUAUUACGUUUUGUUUGUUGUGGUUGUGGACUGUGAUUGAUAUCAGUCCUUGGAUCUGUUAAAACUUCACAAUUUGGUUCAUAGUUUCUUUUUCAGGUCAUUCUGGAUUUCUGGUACUUUCUGCACAGUGAUAACCAUUCCUUCUGAUCCCUUCUUUUACCCCUUUUUUUGUCAAACUGAUUAUGAUUUGCAUGUAACUCCUCCAUAGUGUUUCCAAAUUCCUACAAAUUGGAAAUGAGCCAAGGGACCUAUCUAAUAUCUGUUAGAUGUGGUCACAAAUGAAAUCUAUCAUAAAAACUUUGCACUGAUGUUUUGCAGUGUCACAUAAGUCCAGGAGUUCCAUACAAAACAUGGUUGUUGAAAAUGUCUAAGUUUUGAUAAGAGAUGUGUAUGUUUCUGGGAUUAUCCCUCUUAUGGUUUAUACUGUGGGGUAUCCUACACACACACUGUCCUGUGAAAAGUUCAGUAGACUAUAACAGUACUUUAACUUGCCAAACUAGCAUUUAUAUCUCUCAGCAAUUGAACUGCUUUGGAAAUGCUCAAGUG